AAAUCGUACUUUGCAAAUCCAGCCUCGCAAGUUAUCCACUCGAAGGAGAGGAAAAGCCUGCGAUUGCAAACCUUGAAGACACAAAACAUCCUUUUCAUCUCCACAAUUUCAUUCACAUUACACACAUACACUCUCUGUUUUUGAUAAGAUCCUGAGAAUAUCAGAUACAGAGGGACCCACAUCUUCCAUUAAAUUAACAAUAUCCACACCUUCUUCUCUCUGCACCUCACCACAUUGUUUGUUGGAGAAGAAGAAGAAGAAGAAGAAGAAGAAGAAGAAGAAGAACACAUGAUUUGUUUCAAAGGAUUAUCAUUCACUUUAGAAUCUGGGUUGUUCUGUUAUUCCGGUUUGGUUUUCAUUGAUCCCGACAUGAAACAAGCCCGAAUCUUCGUUGAUGAGAUUGUUUCCGACAUGGGUUUCGUCUCUGAGCUCCAAUAGAUUCUGGGUCUGAUUCAAAAAGCCUUCUUUUGUUCAAAUAAUAAUCCAGAUUCCGUUUUUAUUUUAUUUUCUCCUUUUUGGCAAAGCGAAAGUUGAAGCCACGAGAUAUUUUUGUGAUUACAGAAGAGAGACGCUAUCUACUUGUUGUUGCUGUAGAUUUGGUCACCGAAUAGAUGAUGAUAUAUUCGAGGAGUUUCUAGAUUUAUCUCCUUCACUCCCUCUUAUCCUCUUUUUCUCUGCUUUUCAGCUCCAGGGCUUGUGUGCUUAAUUUAAAGGAUUUGUGUUGGCACAAGUCAGUGGUUCAAUUGAAAUGAAAGAGUUUCACUGAGAAGAAGAGAAUUUGGAAUCUCUGGCAAUGGAGAAUUCUCACAAGGCGAAUGGAAAUGGACCAACUGAUAAUGGAUACUCUGUUGCAAGGCACUCUUAUCAACCCUCCAUAAAGGGAUCAUUACCUUGGCUCGACAUUAGGGUGUUUUAUGUAAGAGUUUGCAAGUGUGAGCUUGAUGACUCCACUCCUGAGAUUCUUACACUGAGCCAUGUUCCUUUAAAUCCUGAUACCCUUCUCGAAGUUAAUGGCGUUCGUACUAGUAUAUACUCUGAUGGGAUCUCAACCCUUCUUAAAAGAGACAGGAUAGAUAGGAAAUCAGAAGAAGUGACAUUCGUGAGCACUGAUAGCAUAAGGAUGAGUGGUAGUGUGAAAUUUGAGGUGUUCGAUAAAGAUAUUCUACUGCUUUCUGGGGCUUUAGAGUUAUGUCAUAGCAAUGGUGAUGUUGGGGAAUCAAGUUAUAAUGGACAAAGGUGGAGCAUGAACUGUGAGUCAAAUAUAACUCAUGGCACCAGCUUCUUUAAAGGAAAGCAACUUUUGUUGCCGGACUCGAAGCUCCCCACAGUUGAGGUCUACAUUGCGGGGUCCUUCUCGGGUACUCCGAUUAUCUUGACAAAAACCCUGCAGCUUAGUUCACAGAAAAGGCAUGCGAGGAAGGGGGUAUUGGAUGCAAUUCCGGAGCAUGAAGCAACUGAAGAUGGGAGAGAUCCUUCUUCAGAACUUGCUCUGCAGGCCCCAGAUUACCUUUACAACAAACAUGAAGAUGAGGAUUAUAAUACCCUAUACUCAAGAACAGCAUAUGCUGAGGGCGAAGAUGGAGAACUUUCAUGGUUUAAUGCUGGUGUUAGGGUGGGUGUUGGUAUUGGACUCAGUGUUUGUCUUGGAAUUGGCAUUGGAGUUGGCGUGCUAGUUAAAACCUACCAAGGCACCACUCGACAGUUCAGAAGACGGCCAUUCUAAUCGGUGCUCUUAUAGUCUUAUUUAACCUUCAAGCUCUCUUCUUUUUGUCCAUCUCUAUACAAAGACAAUGUGUUAAUAUCUUGUUCAACUGAGUGCAAGAUUUUUAUUUAUUUAUUUUGUUUGCUGUAUGUAAUAUAUGUUUAGUGCCUUUAUACUAGUUGUGAUCUUGAGUAAAACAAAAAGUUUUCAAUUAUUUUCUCCACUUACUGAGGUGGAAAUAACAUGGUUUGAUUUAAGGGGGAGUUAAGUUUCA